AGCGCAGGAGGGUGGGGGCGCCGGUAUAAGAGGGAACCUGCCCGCCGCCGCCCCGGGGCCGUCGCUGGAGACCACCGCCCGCCUCUCCAGCCCGGACAAAGUCUAGAUGAGGAAACCGAGACCCAAAGAGUACCUCGCCCAGGGUCACCUGUGACAUGAAGACCCCUGCCGCCACGUGUCUGCUGCUGGUGACCAUGGGCCUUAUGGCAGCGCUGCAGGCUCAGAGCCACCGCAUCACUCGACGAGACCUCUUCUCUCGAGAAAUGCCCCUGGACAUGGCCUUGGCCUCCUUCGACGACCAGUAUGCGGGCUGUGCCACAGCCAUGACGGCUGCUCUCCCGGAUCUCAACCGCACGGAGUUCCAGGCCAACAGAGUGUACGCGGACGGCUGGGCGCAGGCCAGCAGCCAGUGGCAGGAGCGCCAGGCCUGGGGGCCGGGGUGGGGCGGCAGCCCUUCCCGCCUGCCCCCACCCCCAGGCUUUCGAGAAGAGCAUGGGGUGGCCCUCCUGGCUUACACGGCCAACAGCCCCCUGCACAAAGAAUUCAGCGCCGUGCGCGAGGCGGGCCGCUCCCGGGCCCACUACCUCCACCACUUCUCCUUCAAGACACUGCACUUCCUGCUGACCGAGGCCCUGCAGCUGCUGAGCAGCGGGCAGCGUCCACCGCAGUGCCACCAGGUGUUCCGAGUGCAGGGCCUGCGCUUCCGGCCCGCGGGGCCCGGGGCCACCGUCAGGCUGGGCGGCUUCGCCUCUGCGUCCCUGCAGAAUGCCGCGGCCCAGCAGUUUGGGGAAGACACCUUCUUUGGCAUCUGGACCUGCCUCGGGGCCCCGAUCAAGGGCUACUCCUUCUUCCCCGGGGAGGAGGAGGUGCUGAUCCCUCCCUUCGAGACCUUCCAGGUGAUCAACGCCAGCAGGCCAGCCCAGGGCCCUGCCCGCAUCUACCUGCGGGCCCUGGGCAAGCGGAGCACCUACAACUGCGAGUACAUCAAAGACAAACAAUGCAAGUCUCGCCCCUGCCGUCUGGAUAACUCAGCUAUGGGUCGGGGCCCCCUUUCUGCACUCUGGUCCCUUCUACUGCUGCUCUGGUUCCUUGUUGGGGGAGCCUUUCCAGAGAGUCCAGGCCUUCUCUGAUCUCUACCGAACAGCUCUGCCUGCUGCCCCUGCCCAACGCGAGGACAUCAGGCACAUGUGUGCUUUAAGCGUGGCCAAGAUCCCUGGUGACUCCACCGGCAGGGAACUCUGGGACAUUGGCAGCUGCCAGGCCUGCUGGUGGGGAGAGAAGACCGUGGGGACUGAGCCUCACCCAGGGCCCUGGGAGUAGGGGGCUGAAUGCAGGACAGGGAAGAAAAGCACUUGGCCACGGCUCGGCCAUGGCUCGUGCCCAUGUUACUCAGAUGCCUCCCGCCUCCCUCUGGACUGCUCCCACUCGCUCCUCCGGGAGCCGUCUCUGGCCUCCAGCCUGCUGGGUCAAGAGCCCUGCCUCUUGGCUCCCACGGGGCCCUGCAUUAUUCUCUGUACCGGGUCCAUGUCUGUCUGUUGUCUGUCUCCCAGACCACAAGCACCCUGAGCACAGGGGCUGUGUGUAAGGCACAGAGGUGGUACCAGGACACGUUUGGAAGUCAGAGAGCAGCACGUGUCUUGUGGGUGGCUGGUCCCUGAACUGCCCCUCCCUUGGGCCCUUCAAGCUCUCUGGAUGUCCCUGUGUGUGAACUGGGUGGCCUGGAUGUAAGGCCAGAGUGUAGAGAGCAGGAGAAGAACAGCGAGCUUCAGGUCCUCUGCCAGGCUCUCUAUCAAA